AUGCCUCAGGGAUCAGCGGCAACCACAUUUGAGCUUACUGAAACAUUGAAUGGGCAUAUUGCUGCUGUUCAGAAAAAUUCUUCUCAACAUUUGUCACCCCAUUUUGUUUCGACUGGGGAAGAAACACAACUAGUAGUUAAAUUUCAUGAUCCUGAACAUUUUCUCAAUCAAGCCCAAGAUCUUAUAUUUUAUUGGUUUGUAAAUGAUGUCAACUAUGGAACUACAAAAACACCAGUAUUGAAGUUCAACUUCACCGAAGUGAAAAAUCAUACCGUUAUGGUUGAUGUAUAUGCCACAUUCGCUGAGCCUACAACAACUACCACAACAACUACGACUUCAACGACUCCAUCGACAAUUAAAACAACCGAGCCUACCACUGCACCGUCGACAACUGCCUUAACGACAUCUUUGCCGACCAAUAGUUCUUCUGUCCUGGUUAUCCGAAGCAAACGUCGGUCACAUUACACUCAUUAUGAGCGUUUCAUUGGCUACAAAGUCGCUCUUUUUACUUUGGAACUGCAAGCUCGAGAUCCUAUUAGUAAUGUCUCGAUUCACGGCAAUAACUGGCUGAAACACGGUGACAUUAUGAACAUGAACAUUUCGUGCAAUGGAUCAGCUCCGUUCUACUAUUGCUGGGCGUUUGAUGGAUUCAUGAACGAAACUACCAAUGCCAGCUGUGAGCUUCCGAUCAAAACUAAUAAAUGCGAAGUCCAGUUGCUGCACUAUUUCAGUAGUCCUGGCCAGUACAUUCUGCCCGUCGUUUUGUAUAAUCAAGUGUUUUACCAAGUGAUUCCGCUCAAAGUCAACAUUUAUGAAGCUGACCGCAAGGCUCAACUCUCCCUAGUGGUGGUCCCCAUUGCGUCCGCCUGUGUGGCAAUCGUCAGUAUCGCUUUUGGAAUUGGACUUUACUUUUAUACUCGUCGCAAUUUGAGGAUAGAAGUGGCCGAUUUUGAUUUUGAAGAAGAAGACGUCGGUAAUCCCGAGUCCUUUUCGGGACGUCUUCGAUCUUCCAUGGUUCAGUACUGGUCUGGUCUGAAGGGCCAAACCCCUCCUGCUAAUACUAGUUACCAGAACAUAACCUUCGAUUGA